CUCCGAAGCAAACGUUGCUUUCUCUUCACUCCAAAUAGCUCCCAAGCAAUCUUUUUACCCCGAGAGAGAGAUUUCAGCCGAACGAUUUUGAAGCUCUAACCGGUAAUAGGAUAAAGUCGGUCGGUUCUGUUUUUUUUUCUUUCUGAAAUUUAACUCGGUUAAGUCCGGUUUACGCGUUUUUCCUUCUUAUGAAUCAUCUGAACCAAAUGUUCGGAGUUAGCUCCGGCGCUGGGCCGUACCGAGAGUCACCGAUGACCGGACUCGAAUCGCUCAAUUUCAUCGACGAAAUCCAGCAACUGGCGGCGACGUUCCCGCCGGAGAACACCGGCUCCUUCACGGCUCUGCUCGAGAUGCCGGCGACUCAAGCCGUGGAGCUUUUCACUUCGUCUUCUCAGGCCGCCGGAAACAUCGCUCCUCCUACUCUCCACCCGUUCCGGAGAUUAACCUUUCCCCCGGACCUCGCCGCGGUGAUCGCUGCAGAGCAAAACGGAAACAUCUCCGGUGAGUCUUCGAGCUUCGGCAUUAGAGUCAAGUCCGAGCCUGAAGAGACCGAUUCAUCUCAGCGGUUCGUUUCGAAUCAGAAUCAUAACAAGAGGAAAGAGCGUGGGAAGAAGAAGGUCAAAAGCUCGAUGAAGAAGACCAAGAUCUCUGACGAAGAAGCAGAGAAGCUUCCGUACGUUCACGUUAGAGCUCGUCGUGGUCAAGCUACUGAUAACCAUAGUUUAGCAGAACGAGCAAGAAGGGAGAAGAUAAACGCACGAAUGAAGCUGCUACAGGAACUAGUCCCAGGCUGUGACAAGCUGGAUUGUGCCCUUAAGGUUUUUGGUAGAGGGGACAUGUUUUGGUGGAUAGAUGGAGAUCAGAGUCUGUGUUUUGGGGUCCAUCUUCUGAUCUUAAGUUCGAAAAAGUCUCAGGCUUUCUAUGGAGGAGGGUGAGCAGUGUAGUAUCGUCUCUAAUAAGUUUGGUAUCUAUCAAGUAGAGAGAGGGUGAGGAGUGUGGUAUAGUCACUAAUAUCUUUGGUUAUAUGCUUUGAAUUGAGUCCCACUAUACCUAAUUGGUUGGAAGCAUGAUGUGACACUCUUGCAGACAGCUAAGUAAUCGAUAUGUAUGUAAAUCUUGGAGUUUAGCAGCUAUUAUUGGUGGAGGGAGAUGAUGAUAAGUGACAACUCCUUAAAAGAGUUUGUAACCUUUGUGGGGUUUUGAGACUUUGACUGUUUGUUCAUGAACGAGAGGUGUUGUUGUUCUGGUUCGCUUUAAUGGCAAUGUUAACGUUGAAAAGAGUUGAAAUUGUUGAGAUUGUAGAAGCCGUUAAGUUAGGACUCUGGUCUUUUUUUUUUAUGUUCUGACUUACC